UGCUGGAAGAGUGCGCUCAGCAGCGCAGCCGGUGGGCCCUGUCCACAGGGGUGCGAGGGGGGCCCAUUGACUGUUCUGCCCUGUGGCCUGGCCCUUCAGGGCUGGGGAAGGGAGCGCCGGGCACCCGGUGGAAGGAGAGGUGCUAUGGGAAUGUCAAGUAACACCCCUGUGCUGUAGGUGAAGAAGCAGCUGUGGGAAGAGCAGAAUCCAGCUCCCGCACCCGGAGCCCAGGCCUGUCUAGGCAGGCUGGAGUCCCCAGCAAGGGCCAGCUGGACCCCAGGGGGCCCUGGCCCGAGCCCACCCACUGGCUAGGGCGGUUGUCGGCUUGGAAAGGGCCCCCUCGCCAUGCUGCGCGGAGAGGCGCUCGUCCCGGCACACGCCCCUCAUUGCUGUGUCGUGCCGGGAGACUCUAGGACCCGGGCGCGGCGUCCAGGGGGCGUGGAGCCACCGCGGGGAGGGCGCUGCUGGAGCCGCCCGGUUGCUGCUGGCUUCCUGCUGCCGCCCUGGCUCUCCCCUGCCAUGGGGAGGAGGCGGCGCGCAGCGGGGCUUGGGGAGGGCCGCAGGGCAUGGAGCGGCGUCCGAGGCGCGCAGAAUUCGGUAAAUUCACAAAUUGAAAUUCAGAAACUCUGCACGACUGGGCAAUGCACACACAGACACAGCACUUAAAGAGAUUUCUCUCUAAACUCAAGCAUUUGGGUGGAUUCAUAAAAGUGCGAAGCUUGGAUUUUACACAUUGUUUUUUGGAAGUGGCAUGCUAUAAGCUGACCCUGCUUAUUAUCUAGUGAUCUAGCACGGGAUAUAAUGGCCCAGUCCAGGUCAAAUGGAUCUUACUAUGCCCUGACUGCUAUCGGGUUAGGAAUGCUUGUCCUUGGGAUCAUAAUGGCAGUUUGGAACCUGGUCCCAGGAUUUGGCCAUACUGAUAAGCCUCCCUCAUCUGCUGGAAAUAGUAGCAAUCCAGAGCAUGAUGGUGGAGGAAUAUUGAAGAGUAAGACCUUUUCGGUGGCUUAUGUAUUGGUUGGGGCAGGAGUGCUGCUCCUUUUGCUCUCCAUUUGCUUGAAUGUCCGGGACAGGAAAAAGAAAAGACAAAAUGAGAAUCUUACUAGGAACCAGCAAAGAACAUCUGUUGAACCUCAACAUCAGGAGGAUAGUCAAGAAGAGGAUGAUGAGACACUGUCGCGAUACUAUGUUCCCAGUUAUGAGGAGGUUAUGAACGAAGGCUAUCCUGAGAUGAGAGAAUUGGACAGAAACACCAGGAUCAGCAUGUCUCUGCCCUCUUAUGAAUCUCUAACUGGGAUUGAUGAAAAUACACCAACUUCAACCACCGUAAAUGUCGAUUCAAACAUACAGCAUCAGCCAAGCAGGCACAGUUCUCGCUUGAACAAACGACUGAAACCCCUGAAAAUUCGGAGAAUUAAGUCUGAUAAGCUGCACCUAAAGGACUUCCGAAUAAACCUUCCAGACAGAAACAGUUCAGGUCAAAUAACAAUAGAACCAUUGACCCCUCCUCCACAGUAUGAUGAUGUCCCAGAUAAAGCACCAGAUAGCAAGGAAGUACCAGAUAAAGACAGAUAGCAAGUACCAGAUAGCAAGGAAGUACAUUGUAUGCCUCUCUUUUAUAGUUCUUUUUUCUACACUAUAUUUUUUUAAGCCACUAAAUUGUCUUUUUUACCAGUAAUUUUAAAAGUAGAAAAGGAAAAGUAAUUUUUUUUUUUUUUAGUUUCUCUUCUUCCACGUCAGAAAAACCAAACAACAUUGUGGCUUUCUCCGCUUCCAUUAAAAUGGAGUCGAGAUAACUGAAGAAAGCAAGUCUGCAUUUUGUAACACUUCAUAGUCAUGCUGUGAAAUCUAUUGAAUGAAAUGACAGUUUUGAACUAUCAGAUUUGUUUAAUCCUUUCAGCAGUACUCAUGAUGCCUGUGAGAAGCUUUCUAAGCACUGACAACCAUAGAGGAGAAGAUGGUUUUUGAGUGUGAUGGGAGAGUGUGUUUAAGGUUAACCUGUAAAUUCAUUCAGUUGGUAUCUACUCCAUUGUGCUACUUCAAAAAUGUUUAAUGUUCUGUUUUAAGUUAGCAUUAAAUAUGCUGAGCAAUUGGAGACUUUUUCUAAAUAACUGUUUUGUGCGUA